CUUUUAUUUUUAAUUAAAAUGGAGGGGGAAUGUUGGAGAUUUUAAUUAAAAAAAAAAGUGUCAGUUACCCAUGCCCUCUUGCUUUUUAAAAAGAAAUGGUACUGAACAACAAGAGAUAUGUAGAGGCAGACCAAGAAGCAAGCAGAAGAAAGAUUCCUGAAAGGCUAGAUUCUGAUGCACAAAAGUUGACAAACCUUCAAAUCACCGUGCAGGACUUGAAGAGGACGGUGGAGAUUACUGAGAAGGCCAAAAAGGGGAAGGGACUUGAACUUGAUACUGUUAAAGGGCGGCUGGAAGAGGCUGAGGAAGACAUCAUGAGCCUCAGCAGUCAGAUACUGCAUAAUUGAAGCCAAGUAAACAGCAGCAGAAUUGAAGCCAAGGGUUUGUCUAUCUAUCAAAAGAGGCUGCUCUAUUGUGGUCGUCUUUGCUUAAAUCUGAGUUUUAUUCUAUUUACUUUUCUUCAUUUCUCCAUCACUAUAUAAUAUGAUGAAUUUCCUCUGAAGCUACUAAGUUUUCACAUUUUUAAUGGAGCUCUUAUACAGCGAAAGGAAGAAAUCACCAUGAAAAAUAAGCUGUUAACUCUUUU